AUGUGUACGGAAACUCUCCUCGAAGUCGAGGACGUCGGCUACGUUACUCCAAAGAACCACGUGCACGACCUCGAACUUUUUCCUCCUUUCUCUUCCCUUGGUGGAAUUCUCCGCGUCCCGGUCGUUUUCAAUGUGCGUCGACGACGACGACGACGACGACGGCGAAUUGACAUUGGUGUACAAGUCGAGCAGCUGACGCGUAAAGUCAUCGCAAGUAGCACCGGGGUUAAUGAAACUAAACUUCAAUGUGUAGAAAAUUGUUCGGGCAAACACAUUCAUGCAAAUCACAAAAUAAUGGAAGUAUUUAUGGAAGUGCAACCUGUUAUUGCUCGCAGAAGUAUGGAAGAAUAUCAAAAACAAAUGAAAGCUUUAGAAGAAAUACAAGAAGAACAGAACAAUGAAAGCACUAGCUAG